UGAAUGUCUGAGAAACGAUGAUGUCACUAGUUGACAGAAGAAGGGAACUGGAAGCGCAGAGAGAGGUGAGGUCAUGGCCAAGGCAGCAGGUUAAGCAGGGGCAGAGCCUGGAUGUGGAGGCAGGUGUGUCUGAGGGCUUCCUCCCAGCCGAGGGCCCCUAAACAGAGCAGAGGGAGGGCCACAGCUGCUCAGGUGGGCUCAGCUCAGGGUGUGGACUCCUGAGACAUGAGCGGCGACCCCCGAAGGAAGGUGGGUGUUGGGUGUGCUUAGUACUUUGGGAAAUUGGAGGAAGCAGAGAGGCUAGAGGAGGACAGGGGAGUCAGAGCCUCCCCUCCUAUGGCCUGGCCACCUUAAAGCUGUCCCCAGGGUGCUAGGCUGGGGCUGAUGGGGGAAAGGGGAUUUUUUUCAGUUACAAGGAAUCAAGGUUUGUUGAAAAACCUUGCCUCUGAGAGCCAGGCCCUGGGGGACAUUGCGGCCUGGAAAUAGACAGGAAACCAAGUGGGGAGUCGAAGGGCGAUGGCUUCCUGUGUUUGCCAGGACCUCUGCUCAGGAUGUGAGUGAUGGGAGGUCCUGUGUGGGGAAGGUGGCGCCGCUGGAAGAAGUGAGAAGGGCUCACUGCACAAGGUCCACAUACAUCCCGGUGUUGCAAUGUUAAGAUAAAAGGCCGAACUCUACAGACAUCAGUAUAACAGGAGGGGCAUGAGCUUAGAUCUAUGUUUUUUACCGGCAGAGACAACCCUAGAAACGUUGGGGAAUUAAAACCACAUUCCCACCCUGCCCUUGUACCCAUGUCCAAAGUCCUGGUCUUGGCCUCCUCUCUGCCCACAGAGAGCUAUGUGACCCUGGGCAAGCUACCUCCUAUGGAAUUGUUUGUUCUAUUCUCUUACUAAGUUUUUUAAAGCUGAUUUCCAUUUUCUCUGUGGGUGCAGAUGUUUUUUCUGACCUGGUUUAUGGGAUCCUUGGCAAUUUUAAUUUCCAAGAGUUCAGUAGGUCAGAAUUUCCAUUAUAUCUUGUGGCAUGUGUGUAUUUAGAAAGGCUUUCUCAAAUCAAUGUUAUUUUUAAUGCUUCCUUCAGUCCCUUCAGUUUUUUCUCUCUGGUGCACGUUGGAUCCUUUUGAAAGAUUGAUUGAUUAGUCCAUUCUCUUCCUCUUUCUCCCCUUCUCCCCUCGCUCCCUUUCUAAUUUUAACAGGGGAACUGGGGUUGUGCUGUGUCACCGAGAAGCUGCUUGUUUCAUGUCCCCAUAAGGGGUCCCACCCCUCAUAUUGUGGCCAGGCUGUGCCCAGGAGGGAGGAGGGUGUCCAGAGGCCCUGGACAAGAGGAGCAGCAGAGAAGACACAGGGCCCCUGAUGAUGUGGGAGGGUUCUCAGACCUGGAGAAACUGAGCAAAAAGGGACCACGACCAGGAAAGUGCCGCCUCCAAGAGGAGCUGGAGAGCAACUGGGGAAAGGUGGCAGAGGGAGGCUUGGAGCUGGGCCGCCAGGGACAAGUACCCCGUCAUGCGGUGAGGCCAGUGGGGAAGCACAUGUCGUGGGGUGGGGAAGCACAUGUCGUGGGGAAGGGCAGCCUGUGCCAAGUGAGGUGUCAGUCUCGUGCAGCAGGCCCUGUGGAGACAGAGAGUGUGAGGAAGACAGGAGCUGGGGCAGUCGGGAGGGUCCGGGUGCUCAGCCAGGGACUUUCUUAACGCCCGUUUCCCUUCCCAGGGAAGGUGACUGCAGGCACAUGAGGGAGAUGGUUGGGGAGAAUCUGUCUGCCCACGAGGAGGGAAGGGAUGCAUGACUGGCCAUGCAGCUGGGCAGGGUCCUCCCCUCUCCACCAACAGCCUUUCCAGAAAGGGACCAAUCAGAGGCUCACAGAGGAGGAAGCCCUGGAUAGGAAUCCAGCAGAGGAAGCACUAUCAGCAUUCACACCCAUCUGAGGCCCCAGACAAGGGUCAGGACCAGGCCAAGAAUGGGAGGGAAGGAUGGAAGGAUGAGGUCGAGGGUUCAGAUGCAUUUACAAAGUUUUGGCAUCACCCAGGAUCCAGCCCUUUCUGCCCAAGCCCUCCUCUUCUCUCUGCCUUGGCUCUUGGUCCUCGUGUUUCAUGAUGUCAUUUGGCUUUCUGGCUCCUGGGUCAUGCAGCUUCCAGGCAGAGAGGGUGGCACGGGACCAGCCAGCUCUCUUCUCCCACCUGCUUCAAGGUAGACCUGCCUGUGCGAAUUCUCUCCCAUCCACAUAAUCAGUGCCUCCAGCCUCCACCACCAGGCACACUCCCUAGUGAACAAGUUACUCUUCCUGACGGACAACCCCAGGCAUCACAGAGAGAAGAUGAUAGAAAGAUUCUAGGAUGGGAGCUCAGGUGAGGGGAUUUGGGGGAGGCUGUAAGGAAAUGGGGGCUUCCCUGAUAGAUCAGUUGGCAAAGAAUCUGCCUGCAAUGCAGGAGACCCCAGUUUGAUUCCUGGGUUGGAAAGAUCCCCUGGAGAAGGGAAAGGCUACCCACUGCAAUACUCUGGCCUAGAGAAUGCCAUGGAUUCUAUAGUCCAUGGGGUUUCAGAGUGUUGGACAUGACUGAGAGACUUUCUCUCACUCACUAAGGAAAUGGGUCCACUCUAGAUUAGGUGACACAGAAAAUGAGGGACACUUCUAUCAGUGGGGGUCUCGGUAACUCAUCUUUGGAGAGGGGAGACCAGAGUGAGCAUAAAGGUGUGACUGGUAAAGAAGGAGAAGUCAUGCUUUUCAGCCAAGGGAGGGAGUGUGGUGUUGGUGGGGGCGCAGUGAUGGGUGUUUGCUGUCUCGUUUGCUCCUGCUCUCAGGGUGACCCUGUGUGAGGCUGGAGUUCUGUGAAGCCUUUACAUCCAGCGGGAGAAGAGCAUCACCCUGUUGUGAUACCAGGCCAGCCUUGGGAUAUCAUGGGAGAGCAGGACUCUGACUCAGCUUGGAAGGAGCUGUAGGAGGGUGAGGCCACACCUCCUUCCAGCCUGACACAAACAAGGAGUGAAGGGAGAUCUCUGGAAACCCCUGCUGCCACCAUGAGCUCAGAAAACUUUGGACACUGCUCAGAUAUUGAGAACUUUUUUGAGGAGGUCGUUCAGUGUCUCUGGGACAUACUGAGCAGAGAGGAACUGCUACUCCUGCUGAAUGAAUUCCUGGAGAGAAUUAAGGCUGAGGCCAGUUUGUCCAGGGAAGAUGUGGAUGAACUACACAAUUAUCUGAACGAAUUGAAAAGAGCCUUGGUUGAGGACGACAAAGAAAGACUCUCCAAAGCGCAGCUGGACAGGAGGAGGUUUCUGAAUCAGUUUCCUCAGGUGAAACGGCAGCUGGAGGAGUGCAUAAGCAAGUUCCACGAGCUCGCAGACAAGGCUGAGAAGGUCCAUAAGGGAUGUACCAUCUCCAACAUGAUGGCCCACAGCACCGGUGCUGUGUCUGGUAUUCUGACUAUCGUUGGCCUGGCUCUGGCACUCGUGACAAUGGGGUCCAGUGUGGUGUUCUUGGCCACUGUGACAGGUCUGGGAGCAGUAGGUACUGUGACCAGUGUGUCCACCAGUAUCCUGGAACAUAUAAAGAGGUCUUCAGUAGAAACCAUAGCCAGUCGCAUGAUGUCAACUCUCAUCAAGAAAUGGAAGGUUCUCCUAGAGAUACUCAAGAGCAACCCCACAACAGAGAAAGUCACAAAAGCUGUACAAUGCAUCGAAAUGCACGUCCAUGACAUGCAGACAGGCAAAGCCUUUUCUGACUCUGCAGCAAACGUCUUCAUGAGCUUUCUGAUAUUAUCAUCUUCAUCCAUCCAAAAGAAAGAGGCAGGUUUCAAAGCCCCGGCUUUAACAAUUACCAAAGGAGGCCAGAUCGUGGGUUUGGCCACUUCAGGGGUUUUCCUUCUGGUGGAUGUGGGCUGCUUGGUGAAGGAGUCAAUGCACCUGCACGGUGGUGCAAAGGCAGCAUCAGCUGAAAACCUGCAGCAGCGGGCCCGGGAGCUGGAGAGGAAGCUGGAGGAGCUCACCCAGAUCUACAAGCGUCUGCAAGAGGACCUGAUUUAGCCACCCCCAGAGCAGUGCGGGGUCCAGGGACAUGUGAGGGGCUAAAGUGCAGAGGUACCUAGUUAGAGGGAAGAGAGGGAGACCACAUUAAUGAAGCUGGGUGUUAGGAAUUUGGCAUUAGUUGAGCACAGCAGGGAAGGGAUGGAUGUAGGUGAUAGAUGAGGAGAGAGAAGGAAGGGGCCUGGAGCCUGGAUUAAGGGAGGAGGGGGGACCAGAGAAUGAGAGGUGGGGAGAAACCACUUUUUUCAUACCAAGAAUGUUUUAUUUUGUAUUGGAGUAUAGCUGAUUAACAAUGUUGUGAUAGUUUCAGGUGAACAGCAAUGGGACUCAGCUAUUCAUAUACACGUACGCAUUCUCCCCCAAACUCCACUCCCAUCAGAAACCACUUACUUUGGACUAAAGAUGACACUGGAGGCAGAAUAAAGGGAGAGGCAGGCGAACUAGCAAUGAGAGGCCAGGUAUACGAACUCGUUGAAAAUGGGAGAACGUCAGUCAGGAUUGUUGGGAUCCAGAAGUAGCAGGGGCUCCUCUAUCGCCCUCCACAGGCUGUGAUGUCCCAGCAAGAAGAGUCUUCCCCUGGUGGUGGUCUCUAGACCUCUCCUCCAACAUCAACUCACCUUUGGCCCUAGCUGAUGUAUGUUUCUUAGGCAGUGACUUCUUUCGUUUGUUUGUUUUAUUGAAGGAUAAUUGAUUUACAAUAUCCUGUUAAUUUCAGGUAUACAGCAAAGUGCUUCCAUUAUACAGAUAUCUACGUAUUUAUGUGGGCUUUCCAGGUGGCGCUAGUGGUAAAGAAUGUGUCUGCUAAGCAAGAGACACAGGUUUGAUUCCUGGGUAGGGAUUCUCUGGAGGUUGAAAUGACACCCCACUCCAAUAUUCUUGUCUGGGAAAUCCCAUAGACAGUGGAGCCUGGCAUGUUACAGUCCAUGGGGUUGCAAAGAGUCAGACAGAACAGAACAUCUGAGCAUGUGUAUAUCUAUAUUCUUUUUUAUUCCAUUACGUCAUAGUUUAUUACAAGAUAUUGAAUACUGUCCCUUUGCUACUACAGCAGGCAGUCCCUAGUUUAUUGGUGUGUAUCUGUUAAUCCCAUCUCCUAAUUUUUCUAUCCCCCCAAAACUUUGGUAAAAAGUUUGUUUUCUAUGUCUAUGAGUCUGUUUCUAUUCAUUUGGUCAUUUGUAUUAUUUUCUGGAUUCUACAUAUAAGUUAGUAUCACAUAUUUGUCUGACUUACUUCACUCAGUAUGAUACUCUCUAGAUCCAUACAUAUUGUUAAAGAUACUAUUACUUCAUUCUUCUUUAUGGCUGAGUAGGAUUCAUGGAGUGUAUACAUGUACCACAUUUGCUUUACUCAUUAAUCUGUCAACAGACAUUUAGGUUAAUAUUGUGUCUUGGCCGUUAAGUACUGCUAUGAACAUCAGGGUAUGUGUAUCUUUUCAAAUUAGAGCUUUAAUUUUUUUGUAGAAAUAUGUCCAGAAGUGGGAUUGCUAAAUCAUAAGGUAGCUCUAUUGUUAGUUGUUUAAGAAAACUCCACAUGGCCUUCCAUAGUGGCUGCACCAAUUUACAUUCCCGCCAACAGUGUAGGAGGGUUCCCUUUUCUCCACAGCCUCCGAGCAUUGUAGAUGUAGGGGAUGGCCCUGUGAUCGCUGUAGGGGAGAUAACUUAUUGUAGUUUGAUUGCAUUUCUCUAAUAACUAGUGACGCUGAGUGUGUUUCCACGUACCCGCUGGCCGUCUGGACGUCUGCAUGGAGAAUGGUCUGUGUAGACCUUCAGGCAGUGGCUCUUGACGACAGUGGUGGUGAGGCUGUGGCAGCAGCGGUGUGACAGCACAGUGGAUGGAACACCUGACACGCUGCCAGGAGCUCUUUAGGGCCAGAGUGCACCGAGACACCAGUGACGUUUCAUGAAAAUCCAAAUGCGGAGGAGGAACAGAGGUUGAUUAAAAGAAAGAAAGAAAGAAGGAUGAAACAAGGAGGCGGAAACAGGUCAAGGAACUUUCGGUGUGUCAGGAGAUGAAACAGCCUGGGGCCAACAGACACGACUCUCUGACCCUCGGUUUCUUCUUCAGCUGGGGGUGAGGCUGGAUACGAUAUUUCAGGUGGCUCUGGUUCUCUCCACCUUGUGUUUUCUAGACUCUGGUUCAAUAAAUACGAGCUGAUUCA